AUGGCGACAAACGGCAGCAAUGACGGUGGCGGCUCUCACUCGCUGACGAACUACUGUUCUUAUAUCGACCCAGAAACUCAGCGUGAGCGCAUCGGCUCGUUCGAUGAAGACUCGAACUCCAUCCAGCCACUCGCAUACAAGUCUGGCACUCCGCUCUCGACCCUUUACGAGGUGAUUCAGGUUGGGGAGAACGGCAUCGCUGCAGCUGGAGAGCGCAUAAAUCGUUCGGAUACCCGACUUUUACCCCCCAUCAACGGACGCGACGUUCUCUGCGUCGGCAAGAACUACGCUGAGCACGCCAAAGAAUUCAACAAGUCGGGCUACGAUAGCUCUGACAAAGUCGAUCAGCCAACACAUCCAGUCAUAUUUACGAAGCGCUUUACCUCUAUCAUUGCGGAUGGGGAAGAGAUCUAUCCUCAUCCAAAGUUUACCAAGACGGUCGACUAUGAGGGCGAACUUGGUGUCAUUGUUGGAAGGCCCGGCUUCCGCAUCUCGGAGGAAAAUGCCAUGGACUACGUCUGGGGAUACACCAUCGUCAACGAUAUGACGGCACGAGAGCGACAGAGAGACCAUAAACAAUUCUAUAUCGGCAAGUCGCCGGACUCCUUUUGCCCAAUGGGCCCCAUUGCUGUCCCGGCGCACAAGGUCAACAACGUCUUACGAGUCCAGACCCACGUAAAUGGAGCUCUUCGACAAGAUGCUACCACGGACGAUCUGAUCUUCAGCAUACCUUUCCUUGUGAAGACACUAUCGGAAGGACAAACAAUCAUGCCGGGUGAUGUUCUAGCGACAGGCACUCCCGCUGGUGUCGGCUUUGGUCAAGACCCUCCAUCGUACCUCAACCCUGGUGAUGAGGUCAGCGUCUCCAUCACAGGACUAGGACGCCUCACCAACAGGAUCUCAUCAAUCAACUCCCAAAACACGACGCUCCUGCGAGUCCAGCAUUUAGCUGCUCAAGCGACAGACACGGCACGGUACUGCCCUUCCUCGAACUUGACCGACAUCAACGGCAAGACUUUGAAUUUGCGUCAGCUUGGCAACAAGACUGGCGCCCCAGCAGUCUUCAUACACGGGCUAGGUGGUACCCUCGAUUUCUGGACGCCUUUGAUAACGGCUACAAAGCUCAAGGAUGAAUACCAAUGUCAUGUCUUCGAUUUCGAAGGCCACGGACUGUCACCGACAAACGCACUGAGCAAGUUGAGCAUUGAGUCCUUAUCUCAGGACGUUCAAGGCAUCUUCACCUCUCUUAACAUUCAGCGUGGGGGAAUUCUCUUUGCACAUUCUCUAGGGUGUCUCGUCGCCUUGAAGUUCGUUUUGACAAACCCAGGCCUCGUCAGUAAGCUUGUCCUGCUCGGACCGCCACCGAGCCCUCUUCCCAACGCCGGAAGCAAAGGCUCGCAUGCGCGCGCCGCACUUGUGCGUACCAAGGGCAUGGCCGGCGUCGUAGAUGCCGUCGUAAUGGCGGGGACAUCCGACAGGUCUAAAUCGGCCAAUCCUCUUGCCAUCGCAGCUACACGUCUUUCAUUGUUGGGCCAAAACCCAGAAGGCUAUGCAAAAGCGUGCACGGCACUGGCCGAAGCAACCGACGAGCUCCCCGUGGAGGAUAUCAAGGCCGACACCUGGAUCAUCACCGGCAGUGAGGACCAGGUCAGCCCUCCGCAGCUUUGCAGGGCAUACGAAAGGCGAUUGGCGCAUGUCAAGGGCGUGGAAGUGUUGGACAAUGUUGGGCACUGGCAUGUGUACGAGGACCUGCCAGGGGUAGCCAAAGCUUUGCAAGCAGCGCUGUGA